AUGCAUAGAAACUGUUCCUCAAGGUCCGCAUUUUGUUUCCAGUUUCUCGUCUUCACCUUCCUCAUUCCACUGUCAUCCGCAAUCUCACACAAACAGGGACCGCUUCACAAGCGGCUGGAGGCGGUAUGCGCAGGGUACGCGCUGCACCACCUCCUGUCCUCCAAGCUGCCUGCCGGCGUUCCGAAUACCAGCGCCGCGUAUUCCCAGCAGCAAACCCAGCAGCGGCCGUUGCGCCUGGCUGUGUUAUGGCUGCCGGAUCGAGCCAUGCCGCACGCCACGCUCAACCACGUGCUGGGCCCUCUGCCUCCCCCAAGUGCGCUCGGCGCCGCGCAAAGCGGCAGCCAGCAGGGCGAGCAUGCGCAGGAGUCGCCGUCGUUCCCGCCGGAUGUGUCGGACGAAGCCCUCGUGCUGCAGCACCACCCAAGCUGGCUCAACUCGCCGCUCUAUACCUACGGGACUCUUGACUCGAGAAUCCCUCAGCCGAUAUCUCAAGAGCAGCUGCAGCAGCAACAGCAAAAACUUUUUGGCACGUUCUCCCCUUCCUCCUCCCACCCGCUUCCCUCCGCGCAUCGGCCUCGCCGCCUGCGCGUCGGCUUUUUCCUCUCCGCCUCCCUUCCCCCAAUGGCCGCCACUCUUGCUGACGUGGAGGAUUCCCAGCUCUACACUUCCCUCCAGCGCUGCUACAGCCUGCUACAGCCGUCCACAGCCGUGCAGGAGCUGAUAGCCAAGGAGAACAUGACACGUGUCCAACAGAGCACAGCGGUUUAUAUGGAGCCUGUAGCGCUCUCCCCUAAAUCCCCCCUUUGCACCGGGUGCGACCCUAAAUUUACGGUCAACUGCACGGCUCGCCGCCUCAUGUGGUUUUUUCUCGGGCAGCCCGACGGCGACGUUACGGUGGCAGGUUUCUGGCCGUCGCAGGCGCUGGCUGUGGCGCACACCUUCCACCCAUCCCGCCAACCGCACCUUCUCCGCGCAACCCUGCGCCGCUCCGCCCUCUGCCGCCCCAACCCCGCGUGGGGGGAACCGCUCCCUCCGCCGAUCGUCCCCGCGGAACCAACUCCGCGGGAGAUCGCUGAGCGGGGAUGGUUGGGAAAGCUAGGCUGGUUUGACAGGCGGCUGGAAAUUAGCGGAGGGGGAGGCGGAACCAGUGGGGCACGAGGCGCCGGGGGGAUAGGGUUUGGUAGCGGCGGGAGUGAGAGUGCGGAGCAAGGAGCGCGGGGAGUGGGCGCAUGGAUAGAGUGCGCGCAACUAGAAGCGGCGGAGCUGUUUGCGCUGUCUGCUGCGCGGGGGCUCAUUCACCUGCAGCACUCCCCCCAAGCGGACCUCAUCCGCGCGCAGGCCUCCGCCAAAGGCAGAACCCCCCUUGUGCAUGACGUGCUGGUCGCCCCGGAGAGCUUUCCGCGGAGAGCGGGGGGCGCGCCAACGGCAGCGGAGGGGAGCAGCGGGGAGGAGGGCGGGGAGGGGAGCGGGGAGGGGGGCUCAAGCGCGGAGCGCGGAGUGUUUGAGGUGGAGCGCGGGCUGUGCCAUGCGCCGCCUAUGGUGCCUAUCAACAAGCACCGCAUUGGGAAGCAGCUGAUCGUGGAUGACACAGUGGGCAUGGUGUACUGUGCAGUGCAACACGGUGGGCAUGGUCUACUGUGCAGUGCAGAAGGUGGGUUGCACCAGCUGGAAGACGUCACCCGAACCGACUACACCAGGUUCGUGUUCGUCCGGCAGCCCUUCACCAGAAUCGUAUCUGCGUAUCUCAACAAGCACGUGGCGGGCGGCGGGCCGGACGGGUUCGGGCGGCAGUUCUGGACGAGAAAGUUUUUCGGGCAGCUGUGGGCGCUGCGGGCGUUGGACGGGCUCAGAUUCCGGGCAAACGAAGGAAAUUCGUCUGCUGGAGGGGCGGAAGGGGGCGAAGGGGUAGCAGCAGCAGGAGCAGCGGCAGCAGCAGCAGAAGUGGGGGUUGGGACGAAGAGCGGCAGCUGGUGGGGAGUGUGGAAGGACAAGAUAGAGAUGGAGAUGGGGCGUCUGCUGUCGUUUGAGGAGUUUGUGCGACUGCUGGGGGAUGCCUGGGACGAGGACAGGCGCUGGUUCCUGGAUGAGCACAUUGCCCCUCAGGACAGGCGCUGGUUCCUUGACGAGCAUAUUGCCCCCCAGGUACCGCGCUUGCUCCCUUCUCCCUUGCCCCUGAGAUCAGAACCCCCUUCCCAAUGCUCCACCUCCCUCUGUCCCUCUGCUUCCCUCUCUAACUCCUCCCCCCGCAACCCACAGAACAUCCUGUGUGGGCUGGACCGCAUACGCUACGACUACGUGGGGCGCUUUGAGAGCAUGGACGCGGACGUGAAGGCCCUCAUGCACCGCUUUGGGAGGGACCCGGGCGACGCCUUUGACUUUGGCAAGAAGAUCCACCCCACCAAGUCCAGAGACCAGCUGCAGCAGAUGUUCAGUAAUAAGGAGACGUACGACAUUGUGAGGCGAGUGUACGGCAUGGACAUGCACGCACCCUUGAACAACAUCUCCUACGACCCUCCUGAGGAGCUCAGCAGAAUCUACGAAGUGGGGGCUGCUGGGCAGGCGGGCAGCGGAGGCCUCCUGGACUCUAAGAGUGCGGGCAGGUGA